AUGCAGAUCCUUAUUUUUUUGGGUGGUUUGCCAUAUUAUUUCACAGAAGCACAGAUCAGGGAGCUGCUGGAAUCCUUUGGACCCCUUCGAGGUUUUGAUCUAGUGAAAGAUAGAGAAACUGGAAAUUCUAAAGGAUCUGCAUUUUGUGUUUACCAGGAUUUAUCUGUUACAGACAUUGCUUGUGCAGCUCUUAAUGGGAUAAAAAUGGGGGAUAAAACGCUUACUGUUAGGCGUGCUAACCAAGGUACAACACAACCUAAUCCUGAACAAGAGAGCGUGUUAUUGCACGCUCAGCAACAAAUUGCAUUGCAGAGAUUCAUGUUACAACCCGGGGCACUAGCAACAAAAGUUUUGUGCCUAACACAAGUGGUAACAGAAAACGAGCUCAAGGAUGAUGAGGACUAUGAAGAUAUACUGGAAGACAUGAGAACUGAAUGUGGAAAAUUAGAAAGUGUCCGUAGGACCAUAGCCCCUUUUAUUUCAUCCCAAUGGGUACUUCCAGGGAUCCUAUUAAUAUGUGAUCUAGGUAUUGAUUUUUUGUUGCAGGUCUUCUUGGAGUAUGCGGACAUUGAAAGCGCAACAAAGGCUCGACAAGGACUUAAUGGAAGGAAGUUCGGUGGAAAUCAAGUUGAGGCAGUGUUUUAG